GCAAUAAUUGGCACCCAUCUCUAUGUGCGACAGUUGGUUUAUGAGACCCUUAUUCUCUGUCAUAAAAACAAGAUUGCUGAAUCCUUACCAUCGUUUUUGACAAAAAUAGAACAGAUUGUCGAAGGGGAUGUUGAGGACUGCUUACGAAAAGAAAAUGAUAAUAUAGAAGAACACAUGGAGCUGGUGAAGAAGAUCCUCAAGAAUAACCUACAGAACAAGAAGCUCAUCCGUCUGUCACAAAGCCAGCUUGUCCAGAAGGAGUCUACACAUGUGUCUGAGAUGCUGUAUCUUCGAGUAGAGACCAUUCUCAACCGGGUGAAUAAUGAGUUGUGCUUGAGAUCUGCUAACCGCAGCUUUCAGGCCAGCAAGACUUCACUAAAGACCUCCAUGGAGGAACUGAAGCAACAGAACAGUAAAGUAGAGGAGGAAAACAGUGGCUUUGUUUUUGUUGAAAACUUUCAGUAA